UCUUCCUGAAUGACAGGACAGCAGCAGCAGCAGCUCUCCCCCGGGUGCACGCUCCCCCCACGUGCUACAGAUGAAACUUGAAGAAGCUGCAGAGAGUUUGGAGUUAAACAAAUCUCAUCCAGACUCAGUGGACACCCACAGACCACAGGACGGAUCCGAACUCACCCUGACGACUUCUGUUGAACACCAUGAGGAUGUUGGUGCUGCCUCUUCUCAUUACUUUACUGCAGAGUCCUCUCUGUGUGUCAGUGACAGUAAGCAGCAGUAAACCCAAAGUGGAGGUCCACGAACACACAGAUGCUGUGCUCACUUGUGAGUUCAGGACAGAGAAAGAUCAAAAUCCUCGAAUCGAGUGGAAGAAGAAAGGAAAGGGAGUGACAUUUGUGUACUUUGAUCACAAAUUUACUGGGUCUUAUGCAGGACGGGCAAAGAUGGAGGGAGCGACGUUGACAAUACACUCUGUUACUCAGAAAGACUCAGGGGAAUACCGUUGUGAGGUGACUGCUGGCGAGGACCAUGUCAACCUUGGAGAAGCUACUGUAACCCUCAAUGUGCUCGUGCCUCCUCACGUCCCGUCCUGUGAGGUACCGAGCUCUGUGUUUGUGGGCUCAGGCCUGGAGCUUUACUGUAAGGACAAACUGAGCGUUCCACCUGCCACCUACCGCUGGUACAAAGACAACAAGGCUUUGACGGCCACAGCAGAUACUCCAUACAGUGUAGACCCAAACAAAGGCGCACUGAAGUUUACGAGUGUGUCCAAAACAGACUCAGGGAUGUACCGCUGUGAGUCCUCCAACAGUGUGGGGGCACCUAAAAGCUGUGUGGCCCAAAAACUGAAAGUUAUUGAAUAUCCUUUGAAUAUGACAAUUUUGAUAGCAGGUGCUGCAGGUUUUCUGUCACUCAUCCUUUUCUGCUGCAUCUGUGUGUGUGUCUGCCAACGCCGAGGCUGCUGCAAGAAGGACGAGAAAACAAAAAGCACCAAGUCCUUCAACCCUCCUCCUCCCCCACCUCCUCCCAUCCGCAACAUCAAGCACUACAAACCAGCCCACUCCUUCAUGAUCUGAGGGUGAAACACUCACUUUGACUUCAAACCAUCCAGAAUCUAAAGCGUACACUCGUUAAAGUUACCUGAUCGACGCCUUGCUUUUGGACUGCUGCCUGCUGCUUUCUGAGACAUGCAGAUCCUCAAAUAUUAAGCUUAAACAGAGUUAAACAAGAUUUUGCAAAAACCCGGUUGCUUCCUGAACACUGGCAUUAAUGUGUUGAUCUUUUGGAAAAAGGCUUCUAUCUUAUUAUCUACUACAAACUUACAGUACUGUAAAUUCUGCGUUUAACUAAAAUGCUAUAACAUGUUUUAUUAUUUGUGUCAAGAAAUUUUUAAAUCUUGUUUUUUAAACUCCCCACUCUUUAGGGGUCAAGGUCAGACCCUUCAGUUUAAGUUUUAGCUCUCUUUCGCCACCUAUUGUCAAGUAACUCUUAUUAAUCCACACUGGUAAUGACAAGUAUUGUAUAGAUCGUAUCCUUCUUUUUGCCUUUCAUUUAUGUUUAGAUGCAGUUAUGUUUUAUAUGAGUUUUUUUCUUGUUACAUUUUUUAAACAUGUUUAUGUUCUCAUAAUUGUUUAAUCUUUGGCUGUAAAUUUAAAUGUUGUGAAUUGAACGACAAUUGAACGGGUGUCUGCACACACUGAAUGGUGCUUAGGACACUUUUGAAAUCUUUGACACUAUUUUGAAAAGACUAUCGCUUGUUCAAUAAAUAAAGAGGAAAUAAAAACAAUA